ACACAUCUCCCCACACACGCGCAUCUCCACACACACACACACACACACACACACCCGUGUGCCUGCUGUACUUACGCCAGGCUGCCUAAGCCACAUCGUUGUAGCGUGCGGCGAGGCAGACGCAUGUCGUUCUCCUCCACGUCCGUCCGCAUCCGUCCACAUCGGCGCUGACAGAGCAUCAUCGCUGCAACAUGGCGACAGAGUUUCACAGCCUCCAGGAGAUGCAGCGCAGCGCUUCCCUGGUGAUGAAGGUCUUCGUGCAGAGGGACUACAGCGAGGGCACCGUCUGUUGCUUCCAGACCAAGUUCCCCCCCGAACUGGACAACAGAAUUGAGAGGAACCUGCUGGAGGAAACGGUGAAAACCCUCAACUCGUACUACCUGGAAGCCGAAAAAAUUGGAGGCCAGUCGUACCUUGAAGGAUGUCUGGCUUGUGCGACGGCCUACGUCAUCUUUUUCUGCAUGGAGACACGCUAUGAAAAGGUUUUGAGGAAGAUAACGAGCUACAUCCAGGAUCAGAAUGAGAAAAUCUAUGCCCCGCGAGGGCUGCUGAUCACCGAUCCCAUCGAAAGGGGAAUGCGAGUUCUGGAGAUCAGCGUAUUCGAGGACCGAGGCUCGGGCAGCUCCAGCCCCAGCAGCUGCGCAUCGUCGACGGUGGCCAGCGCUCGGUGACUGGAGGGCCAGCGCCAGGCUUACGGGUACCACCACGGGGGAAGCGGGACGCUCGCCAAUAUCCGCAUGCUGAAACACGAGAGCACCCGCUUUUGAGGGGGAGCCAUGCAGAGAUCUGCAAUGCGCUACCUCGGCAUCAGGAGGAAACGCACACUGAGUAAGACAAAUAUCAGAUCAUGGUUACAGUCGGCUGCCAACACUCACCAUUUGUUUCAGUCUAUUCCUUUUAUUUCCCAUGGGUCCGUCUUGGAGUUAUUGCUGAGUCAGCAGACUUACACUUGAUUAGACUUUGUGUGAACAUGUAAUUGACUAAAAAAGGGAGGGUGCGUUUCACUGCUGGUGCACUGUCAGGGUUGGUACAGCAAUUCACUUCAUCAGGGUUGAAAAACUACCACUCACUCCUCUACAGUCUUGCAUUCAGAAGGCAUUUAGCCGAUGCUGCUCUCCUUACUGAAUUUAGCCUCAUUAGCUAGCAGAGCGUUUUAGAUCAGUGAUAUGCUUCCCAUGCACAUCAGUGAACAAAUUCAAAAUGGGACAAAAUAUAUAAACAUGUCAAAAUGUCCACUCAAACAUGAAAAAAGAUGACAUGAAGUGAUGAUAUUACAUCCCUUUUGCUAAAUCCGUUCAAUGUAAUACUCAGCUGAAUCAUUGGUGUAUUUUUACAUAUUGAAUUUUAUUUGUUGGCUCAUGCCAACAUUUCGGAACUUGAAGUUACUCUGCAAUUCCCAUUCCUCGUCGCCGUGUCCGCACCGUUACUGCAGAUGUGACUCCCACGUAAACUAAAAUAUUCUAGAGAUUCGCCGAAAUACACGCCGGGAUAAAGACGUGAACGCUCAUGUGUGCACACAGCUGCAGACAUUCGUAUCGGCCUGGGCCACAGGCAGUAUUCUCGGAGGUUCAAUAUAGGCGCUGCAGGACUGCUUGUUUGUUUAGUUGUGUAGACCGCCGUCCCAGUGCUACCUCACAUGCAAUCAAGUCAAAUAAAUGUAUUGGUUUGAAAUUCGAAGUGUCAGACAAAUGUGUACAUAGCUAAUCUCAAAUGUCAAAUCAAACCAUGUACUGUAAGUAGUCAAUGACUUGCUUGUUGGUCGAUUUGAAAGAAAGUGACAAGUUGAAGGGGUCAUUUUCAUGUUCUCCUGUAAUGCACUGUUGUAGCGCCCUCUAGGGUAAAAUUGGUGCCACUGUUGUUUUGUUUCCGCCCUCUUCACCACUUGCUCGCGUUGUAUUCUUUGAGCUCAUUUUCUUGUCCAGACAUUCGCCAUGGCUGCACAUCUUUAAGUGGUGCCUCAGUAACUUAUCAAAAUAGAAAUAUAACAACAACACCCGCAAGGUCGAGUUGUGCGAGUGUGCAUCCUCCUGAGCUUUUGAUGCUUUCAUGUUUCAUCCCAGUGGAUGGUAUCUCAUCCUGGUGCUGAUGGACUGAGUCAUUUCAAAUGACUCUCCUCUGCCAGUGAGCCACAAACAGGCUUGAUGGACAAUGUACAUGAACAAAAAGAAAAAGAGAAAAGAGAAAAGCAGCAUGAAGAGAAUUGUGCCGCACGUGCUUGUUAAAAAUGAUUUAAGAGCGAGACUGUACAAAAAGUAUAUGCUUGGAAAUUGUGUCAUUUAUGCUACUGUUUAGUAUUUAUCAUUUCAUAAUUCUUAGUUUUUAUGGAGUUUCUUUAAAAUCAAAUGUCAAUCUUGUCACCAUCAUAUAAUUCUACAGGUGAGAUUGUGACGCUCAACAUAGGGUUGUUUUGAUGUUUUUUAUUUUAUUUUUAUUUUUUGCAUAUUACCUCUAAACUUUUCUACAAUUAUAUUAUUUAUUAAUUUUUUUUAUAUACUGUAUUUUCUCAUGGAGUAGAUAUAAUUGUGAGAUAUAGAUAUAAUAUAAAUUGUAAAUUUCCCCCGUGUGGGACAAAUAAAGGAUACUGUAUCUUAAUAAUAACAUACUGUAAUAUAAUCAUAAAAAUGUGAUCAUUCCAUUGCAAUUGGUUGUUGUGCAAUGGAUUGUCAUGUGUGUCCCUACUGUUGUAAAGGUUUGAUUAAAUUGUGUGUACGUGUGUGUGUGUGUGGGGGGGUAUUCAUAAUACAAUAUCAUGUACAGUAAUACAAUAUGAUUGCCAUUAAUAAGGUGCUUGAUGAAAAUAAUGUACUGUAUUGUAGUCAAUGCAAUCAUACUUUAAGUAUUAUUCUAAGGCGCAGGUGUCAAACUCAAGGCCCGGGGGCCAAAUCUGGCCCGCCACAUAA